UUUUAGCAGACAUUGUAUUGUUGGUGAGGUAAGAUUGGGAGCAGAGAGAGAGAGAGAGGGCUUAAGCAAUUAGGCGAAGAUGUAUAGUGGGUCCAGCGAUGGCGAUGCAUCGACGCAGCGGAAGAUUCCGGCUGCGUCUUCAAUGCUCUGGGUUCGUAAUCUCCGCCGCUUCAUUGGAUCCGGCGCCGGCCUCGGAUCCGAAGCCCUUAUGGAACUAGAGACGAAAAGAAUUUUGCUCGACAUAUUCAAAGCAAAGCAACAAAAGAACGCUGAAGCUGGAACCAUUCCCAGCUUCUACAAGAAGAAACCUGAAGAAGGUUCUAUCAGUCAUAGGGUCCAGAGGCUGGCCAAGUAUCGGUUUCUCAAGAAACAAUCUGAUAUUUUGCUGAAUGCCGAUGACCUGGAUGCUAUGUGGGUUUGCCUGAGGGAAAAUUGUGUAAUCGACGAUGCCACUGGUGCUGAAAAGAUGAAUUAUGAAGACUUCUGCCACAUAGCCUCGGUAUGUACAGAGCAGAUAGGCCUUAAAUGUCGACGCUUUUUCAGCCCCUCAAAUUUCAUGAAGUUUGAGAAAGAUGAAUCUGGACGAAUAUCCAUCCUCCCUUUCUACCUCUAUGUGAUGCGCACGGUUUCUCUCACUCAAGCAAGAAUUGAUAUGAGUGAGCUCGAUGAGGAUUCAGAUGGCUUUCUUCAACCUUAUGAAAUGGAGAAUUACAUAGGAGGUCUUAUUCCCAAUUUGGCGCAGUUGAGGGACAUGCCUGCUGGUUUUAUUCAGAUGUAUUGUCGCAUAGCUGCCCAUAAAUUCUUCUUCUUUUGUGAUCCACAUAAACGAGGAAAGGCAUGCAUAAAGAAAGUCCUCCUUAGUAAUUGCCUUCAAGAGCUAAUGGAACUACAUCAGGAAAGUGAGGAAGAAGCGACUGAUACUGAGCAAGCUGAAAACUGGUUCUCACUGACAUCUGCUCAACGCAUAUGUGAUUCUUUCAUCAAAGCUGAGAAUUUUCUUGUUGAAUUCAUAAAAAUAAUACCAAGCCCAUCUCCAGUUCCUGUUUCUCUGUUCAUUUAUGAACAGGAACAAAAGCCAUCCAGUAGCUUGAACUUCUCCACGGUCAUUCUUCUCCUUCCUCCAGAAUUAAGUUUUUCUAAACAGUUUUAUAGACUGCAAAUUUAUAUGUUCCUUGCUCUUGAUAAAGAUGCGAGUGGAUCACUGAGCAAACAGGAACUUCGAGAUUAUGCUGAUGGGACAUUGACUGAUAUUUUCAUUGAGAGAGUGUUUGAUGAGCAUGUCCGGCGUGGAAAGAAUGGUAAUGGUAAUGCUCGCGAGAUGGAUUUUGAGAGUUUUCUCGACUUUGUUCUGGCUUUAGAGAAUAAAGAUACUCCAGAAGGACUAACAUAUUUGUUUAGAUGCCUUGAUCUUAAUGGGCGGGGAUUCCUCACGACUGCUGAUAUCCACACAUUAUUCAGGGAUGUUCACCAAAAAUGGAUUGAAGGUGGCAACUAUGAACUUUGUAUUGAGGACGUGAGGGAUGAAAUCUGGGAUAUGGUCAAACCAGCUGACCCGUUGAGAAUAACCCUAGCCGAUCUACUCUCUUGCAAGCAGGGCGGCACGGUUGCAAGCAUGCUAAUUGACGUGCGUGGAUUCUGGGCACAUGACAACAGAGAAAACCUUCUGCAGGAAGAGGAAGAACCCGAAGAGGAACAAUAGGCAACGUCUUCAGAGCCACUUGUAAUAAUACAUGUUGCAGAAGACCAUUAGGGAAAAUUGUGGAUUUGUCAGCUAGGUUUGAAGACGACCGAAUGUUGAGAGUUAUAUAUGUAUAGAAUUAUCAUGUAAUUGUUAUAUCUCUUGUCGAGCUAACUAACAAUCUAUAAUUUUAGUAAUAGAAAUGUGUUUACUUUAGGCA